AUGGUCCUCGACGGAAAGAAGCUGAUGCACCGAACACUCGACAAACGACUAGCAUAUUUCAAGGAAAACGUCCUCAAACCUUAUAACGCCAUGUACAAGAAAUUUCCCGAGGAAAAACAACAUCGAAUAUUCGCAGUGGAGGAUAAAUCGACUCAAUUCAGUUAUGGUAUUGAAAUGAUGUUUCGCGAAAUCAUCCCAAAAGUGAAGAAAAUUCAUGGGAAUGACGGGUUGAUUUUUACAUGUCGAAGCACGCCUUACAAAAUCGGUACGGAUGAGCAUAUAUUGAAAUGGAAGCCGCCUUCGGAAAACACCAUUGAUUUUCGAAUGAGGCUUGAAUUUCCGUUGCUAGAACCAGAUACAGAUGAUGAGGCAGAUGGGGUCGUUGAACCAUACUACGACUAUGACGCCAUGCCUGUUUUCCACCUUUUCGUCCUCCAUAAUAACAAUGAAUAUCGCAUCUUUAACGAGAUGUACGUUACGCAAUCAGAAUGGGAAGGAUUGAAGGCUCUCCAGAUACCACUAGACGAUACGAUAGUUGAAUGUUACCAGGACGAUCAGGGACGAUGGCGCUAUAUGCGAUUUCGAGAAGAUAAAAAGGAUGCCAACCACAUCUCAACGGCGGAAAAAGUCUUAGAGUCGAUCCAGGAUCGUGUCACGGAGGAAGAUCUCAUUCGUGCUGCGCCAGCAAUCAAAACUGCUUGGAAGAAGCGCCAGGCGCAGGGUGAGCGGAAACCUGGUCCUCCGGCUUCGGUUUCAGCAGCGUCGGCAUCGGUAUCAGCACCAUCAGGAGCGGUGCCCAAUGGGAAUGGAGUGAAGAGAAAGUUUGUUGAGGAGUAG